AUAGGGAAAGGGCAACCCCUUCGCGAGGGGAAUGCAUCUCAUGACGGCUGAACCUACCCAUCUACGUCGAUCGCAACGAAUAUUACCGAAUUCUAGUACUCGGUUUGUGCUUCGUGAUUGCGCUCUACAAUUUUUCCGUGUUGCCGAUCAUUUUUUUCAUCGUGACUUCUAGUUUCGUCAAUUUUCUGUGUCCGUCAGCCGAUCAGUAGUGUGACGUAUGACAAGUAGUUGAAAUUUUCGAGCAUUUCGUCCAAGUUCUCUCGCGAAGAAAGAAAUAAAAAGAAACCGUAGCGAUACGCAAGAGGCACGACAGACGGCACCAGAGACGGUGGUGAAUCAGAGCAGCAAGGACGUCGGAUGUACCCCACUGAGGAAUCACGACAGCAUCAACGACAGCGGCGACAGGUGGGAGUAGCGCCGCUUCGCAUAGCUGACUUUUAUGAGAGUAGGGAGCGUCGCGCAAUAUUUCGCGUAACCGACGUCGUGCAGGGAUCGAAGCUCGGUUAUCGGCAAAUUUGUGCAAACCCAGUGAGUCAUCGUUAAUUACCAAGCAUACUGUGAGAUCGCUACUGUGUGUCGAGAGAAUCAAAGAUGGACUCACGGAUUCAGGACGCCCUUAACGAUAUCCUUCUUAAGAGGGAUCACGACUCCGUUGACGAUUUCGAGCAUCUCGGCCACGACGGAUCACCGGACGAUCGUUCGGAGCCUCAGCAGCCUCAGCAGCCUCAGCAGCCUCAGCAAGCGUUAUCACAAUCGAUUGACGCGCCACGUGUCGAUGAUCUGCUGCAUAUCGGCGAUUCUUUUCAGCCAUCGGACUCUGCGUUGUCCAACGCACUUCUCGAAACGAAGCCCGUGCCGGCGACACCGCCGCCUUCCGCGGAUUUUGACAAAUGUACGGCCAUGGCGCAGUCGUCCGAUCCGUUUCAGCAGCCGCUGAAUCCGGUCGAUCCUAAACUAGCCAGCAUGGCAUUCGUCGAGACCGAACGAAUCUAUCGUCAGCAGAUUCAUGACGAUAACCACGAUGACAACAACGAUGACGACAACGAUGAUGACAACGAGGAGAAGGAGAUAGGUCUUCAGCAGCCGCCGUUGUUACCGAGUUUGGCCGCGACCACUAUUCAGUCCGAUAGUGAUUUUCCGCUAUCAUCGGCAAAAACUGUCGAUAGCAAAAUUCAUUCGACCGAAGAACAUGGAGAGGAUGCUACUACCGCACUACCGCUUACCGAUCACGGAAAGCGACACGAGCGUGAUGUCAUUCCACCGAGUAGCAUCAGCAUCGAUCAAGAUUUCGUAUCUAACAUCAAGUCGUCGAUGCUACCUGCACCGGAGAAAUCACCACUAAUAGAUUUUCUCGGAGACGAUGGCGAGUCAUCGAGAUUGGAUAAAGCUAAAAAUAUUACGGAUGAUGAUUCAUGGAACGUGGUGGAGAGAACAGACGUAAAGGGAGAACAGUCAAUGCCAUCUGAGCCACCGAUGAAACCGUUGCCUCCGUUACCCAAGGAGGCGCAACUCCUGGAGAAGACACACCAGGACGGUGUGUAUGAAACAUCGAGUGAUUUCUUGGCCGCGGAAGUGAUCAACCCGUUACCCGCAUUACCGCAGCAGAUUGCAGACUCGAAGCACGAAAAUGUUAAACGACGCGAAACGUCAAAAGGAACCGAUCAACCGCCGAUCUCCUCUCGUCUAGUUGGCAAAAAACAAGAAAUCGAAAUCGCACCGAAAGAAAUAUUCAGAGACAUGGGAUUGGACGCAUGGUUUAAUCCUGAAAGACUGAAUCCAAAAGUGGCAGCUCUGAUAUAUUGGCGCGAUCCGAAAAAAUCGGGGAUCGUGUUUGGUACGAUAUUAGGUGUGCUCCUAUCAUUGGCCUACUUCAGUCUGAUUAGUGUGCUGGCUUAUAUGUCACUCCUCGUCCUUAGCGGAACUAUUCUUUUCCGUAUUUAUAAAACUGUUCUUCAGGCAGUCCAGAAGACCUCGGAUGGUCAUCCAUUCAAGUAAGUAUAAAAUCAUAGAA